CGCUGCGGCAAACCCUUCACCAGCGCCUCGUCGCUGCGGCGCCACGUGGGCGCGGCGCACGCCGCCGGCGCCGCCGCGCCGUUCAGCUGCUGGCGCUGCCGCUGCGCCUUCCCGUGCGGCGCGGCGCUGCGCGAGCACCUGGCGGCGCCGUGCCGGCCGCGGCCGCACCGCUGCCGCGCCUGCCCCAAGCGCUUCGCCUCGGCGCGCUCGCUGCGCAAGCACCGCCGCCUGCACCUGGCCGGCGCGCCGCGCUGCGCCGACUGCGGCAAGACGCUGCCCUCGGACGCCGCGCUGCUCGCCCACCGCCGCGUCCACACCGGCGAGCGGCCCUUCGCCUGCCCCGAGUGCGGCAAGGCCUUCGCGGCGGCCAAAUCGCUGGGCAAGCACCGGCGGGCGCGGCACGGCACCGGCGGCGGCGGCGGCUUCGCCUGCGGCGACUGCGGGAAGAGCCUCUCGUCGCACGCGGCGCUGGUGACGCACCGGCGCAUCCACACCGGCGAGCGGCCCUACGAGUGCCCCGACUGCGGCAAGGCCUUCAUGGCCGUCAAGUCGCUCAGCAAGCACCGCAAAAUUCACCGCCGCGGCAGCGGCGCGGCGACGGCGGCGCGGCCGGAUUGCGGCGACGGCGAGGCGGCCGCGCCGUGCACGCACCGACGGCGGCAAAGCGGGGAUGGCAAAUUGGAGAUGGCGCAGCAAACUGGGGAUGGCGCCGGGGAUGGCAAAUCGGGGCCGCCGUGGCAAAUCGGGAACGGCACCAAGGAUGCCAAAUUGGAGCCACCGCGGCACAUUGGGAACGGUGCUGGAGAUGCCAAAUUGGGGCCACCAUGGCACAUGGGGAAUGGUGUCAUGGAUGCCAAACCGGAGCCACCGCGGCACAUGGGGAACGGCACCGAGGAUGCCAAAUCGGGGCCACCACGGCAUAUGGGGAACGGUGUCAUGGAUGCCAAACUGGAGCCGCCGUGGCACAUUGGGAACGGCGCCGGGCUCGGCGCGGAGACCCCGGUGAACCCCGCGGCGCCGCCGCCCCGCGUGCGGCGCCGCCCGGCGUGCGAGGAUUGCGGGAAGGCGUUCCGGGACGGCGCGGCGCUGCGGCGGCACCGGCGCGUGCACACCGGCGAGAAGCCGUUCGGCUGCGGCGAGUGCGGCAAGAGCUUCCGCGCCAGCUCCAGCCUGGUGAUCCAUCGGCGCAGCCACACCGGCGAGAAGCCCUACCCCUGCGCCCGCUGCGCCAAGAGCUUCGCCUCGCGCUCGGCGCUCAUGAAGCACCUGCGCACCCACCUGCGCGACGGCACGGCGGCCGCGGCGGCGCCCUGA